UUCAAAAACAACUCUCUCUUCUCUCUCUAUAAACACACUCUCCUUUUUUAUUCCUCUCAUGUUUAUCUAUAAAUUGGACUGACGAUGAAACGAUACUUUCCCUGAACCUUCUUCAGGACCAUUUCUGAUUUUUACACAAAGUAUCAACUCUUCUGCUGGCUUGAAUAUCAAAUUUGAAGGAGUUCAAUACUUUGCUGGUAAUUUGUGCUACCAUGUCGUUAUUGCCUAAACUACGAUGUGUGACUAUAGAUGUUACUGGCACCCUAAUGGCUUACAAAGGGGAGCUUGGUGACUAUUAUUGUAUGGCUGCUAAAGCUUCUGGCCGUCCUUGCCCGGACUACAAGCGUAUGCACGAGGGAUUUAAGUAUGCAUAUAGGGACAUGGCAAAGAAUUAUCCGUGUUUUGGGUUUGCGGCCAAAAUGCCAAACAUUGUGUGGUGGAAAACCUGUGUGCGAGAUUCCUUUGUCAGGGCUGGGUAUGAAUAUGACGAGGAGACAUUUGAAAAGAUUUUCAGGCGCAUCUAUGCAUCCUUUGGUUCAUCUGCCCCGUAUACUGUAUUUCCAGAUUCCAAACCAUUUCUUAGAUGGCUUCGUGGAAAGGGUCUCAAAGUUGGUGUUGUUAGCAAUGCUGAAUAUCGAUAUCGAGAUGUGAUUCUUCCAGCUUUAGGUUUAAAUCAGGGAACUGAGUGGGACUUUGGUGUUUUUUCUGGCCUUGAAGGCGUUGAGAAACCAGACCCAAGAAUUUACGAGAUUGCACUCGAAAGGGCUGGAAAUAUUGCACCUGAAGAAACUUUACAUAUUGGCGAUAGCAUGCGCAAAGACUACGAGCCAGCUAAGAGCUUAGGGAUGCAUGCACUAUUGUUAGAUAGAUUUAAGACACCAGAAGCUGAGGAGUGGAGGAAAUCCGGGGCUGUUGUUCUUCCGGACUUAACAGCAACACAAGAGUGGCUGUCUAAAGAGAAUUCAACUUGCUAGAGGUUCUACAUCUUCGCUGUAGUAGUAUAUUUAUGUAUCGUUUUGCUCAUUUGAUAACAUACCUGUGUUCUAUACCUUUCCGACGGGUUUCGUAAAGGCAUGUCUCUGAAUGUUGAUGUUCAGAGCCAUGAUUGAGGAUAUCUGUUGGCAGGAGUGUUCUGAUGUAGCUCUACCAUAACUUUGUAAUACAAUUAUAUUUAAAUGCUACUUUCUCUUCCUUAGUCA